AUGUGUAUCAAAGCUUUGUUAAAUCAUGAAAAACCUUUAACAGAUUCCUUAUCACUUUUAAGAAGAAUGGAUGUCGGAGAAAUAAGUGAUUUACUGAAAGCAAUAAGCAAUGCUAUCUCUACACCGAGUCAAAAGGAUGACGACGUGGCACUACCACUCUUCAAUCCGGACAACGAUUCCGGAGCGGCUGGCUGGUGCGACAGCAUUGAAAUCCUUGCAAAGGAGUUCGGUUGGAGUAGUAUCAAGACAGCUGCUAAGGCAGGUAGAAAUGCGGUUCAGUAUCCUGACAUAGAAAUUAUUACAACUUCUUCAGGGAGUUUUUUACGUAGAAAAUCUAUUGACAUUAGUAAUAAAGUAAAUAUGAUCACCUUAUCAUCUGAUAUGACUGAACUUACCUCAAAAAUUUAUCAUUUAAAUCCUGAACUACAGGAACAGAUUACACAAACUUUUCUCAAGUAUCCUUCUGUCUUGGAUGACAGUUCUACCGUAAGAACUGGUGAGCUGAGUCUGCGAUUACACAGUAAUGGCAUAGUUUAUUAUCGCCCAUAUCGAUUGGCUCCGGUUGAAAAGGAGAAAUUAGAUGAGAUUGUAAAUGAUCUUUUGAAGAGAAACAUAAUUCGCGAAAGUAACUCGGUUUUUGCUAGCCCAGUGUUACUAGUAAAGAAAAAAGAUGGUAGCGAUAGAAUGUGUAUAGAUUAUAGGGCAUUAAAUAAGCUUAUCGAAAAAGAUCGAUUCCCACUCCCCCUCAUCGAAGAUCAAAUUGAUAGGUUAGGUAAAGCUAAACUCUUUAUAUCAAUAGACAUGAAAAAUGGAUUUUACCAAAUCCCGGUUUCACCAGAAUCUGUAAAGUAUACAGCCUUUGUCACUCCUAAUGGCCAUUAUGAAUUUCUUAAAAUGCCAUUUGGAAUUUGCAAUGGACCUUCUGUAUUUCAAAGGGCUAUAGCAAAAGCAGUACAGCAUUUAAAUUUCCUUCUGGUAUACAUUGAUGACAUACUUAUUCCCUUUACAACAAUAGAGGAGGGUCUGCGUUAUUUAGAAGAGACCCUUUUUGCACUUAGCAAAGCUGGAUUUACUAUAAACCUGAAAAAAUGUAAAUUUUUCGUUGACAAUAUCGAAUACCUGGGUAGACAUAUAUCCCAGGAUGGCAUCAGACCAAGUGAAGCUAAAACUGCUGCUUUAGUUCAUUCCCCCAUCCCAAAAAAUGUUAAACAAGUAAGGCAAUUUAUGGGUCUAGCGAGUUAUUUUCGGAAAUUUAUACCAGAUUUUGCAGUUCGUACAGCUUGUAUAACUAAUUUAACUAAAAAUAAUCAAAAAUGGGAAUGGAGUUCUCAACAUGAUGAAGCUAGAAAUUAUGUUAUUCAUCAUUUAUCAACCAAACCUUUGUUAUCAGUUUUCGAUCCAAAAAUGCCCACUGAACUUUAUACUGAUGCAAGUUCAUUAGGUUACGGCGCAAUAUUAGUACAAAACCAAUAUAACGAUAAGCGAGUCGUUGCUUACUUUAGUAAAAGAACAUCCCCUGCAGAAUCUAAUUAUUGUUCUUAUGAUUUAGAAACGUUAGCAAUAUUUAAUGCCCUAAAGCAUUUUAGGGUGUACCUGUUAGGUAUAAAGUUUAAAAUUUUUACGGAUUGCAAUUCCAUCAAAUCAACAAUGAAUAAGAAAGAUAUCUCCCCUCGUGUUGCUCGCUGGUGGACAUUUAUGCAAGAUUUCGAAUUUGAAAUAAUAUACAAAAAGGGUAAAUACAUAGGUCAUGUUGAUUUUUUAAGUCGUAACCCUGUCAAAAAAUCUGUUUUAAUUAUGAAUUGUAAUACUGUAAACUGUGCUAAAAAGCCGCGUACCCUUGUAGUUAACUUAAUUGAAGAGCCCCCUACAUGGUUAGCCCUCUCUCAGCAGAAUGAUGUUGAAACCCGUAAUUUGAUUAGCCAAGUCAUUUCGGGUGAUCUAGAUGAAAAUCAGUACUUCUUGCAUAAUGAUUUAUUACUUUAUAAUUACAAACCUAAUGAACCUAAGUUUUAUAUUCCAAAAGCAGCCCGAUUAGAACUUUUAAGAUUAUUUCACGACGAAAAUUGUCAUGUAGGGUUUGAGAAAACGUUAAAAAAACUUAGAGAACAUUUUUGGUUUCCACGAAUGGUUCAAUUUGUCAAAAAAUACUUAAGACACUGUUUGAUAUGUAUCCAACGCAAGUCACAUUCAGGUCCUAAACAAGGAUAUCUACACCCAAUAGAAAAAACACCCGUACCAUUUCAUACAAUUCAUUUAGACUGCACAGGCCCAUUUACGAUUUCAGCCGAGGGAUAUCGCGAAUUGCAUAUAGAACACCAUAUGGUGGCUACUGGAACACCCCGUGGGAAUGGUCAGGCAGAGAGAUAUGUAAGAACUGUAAUAGAUAUGCUUAAUACUAUCUGCAACGGUUCGUCAGACUGGCCGAGCAGUUUGUGGAGAGACAGCACGAUUUUUGAGAUUGGUAAUAUAGUAUUUGUUAAUCAGGAUCAUCGUCGUCAUGAUAAGUUGAGUCCAACACAUAAAGGACCGUAUGAAAUAAUUGAUAUCCUUCCAUUUGACAGAUAUUCGCUUAGAGGAAUUAAUGGGUUGAGGAACAUAACUGUAGCUAAGGACAAAUUGAGAAUUUGGCCAGGUGAAUUAGCUGAUGAGAAUGACGAAAAUAAUUAA